AUGAUGGCCCAAAAUACAACUCCCUCAUCCUCUUCCAUUCCUUUGGACCCUAUACUGCCCAACUCGAGCUCCUCCUUCUCCAUCAACCGAACCUCAUCAGCAACGAUGCCUACCUCAACAUCCAAACCACCUCCCCUCGACCCCUCCAACUACCCCAAUGGCAAAAAGUCUCUCGCCGGAAUUUCACUACGUGCAUUCCUAAUCGGCACGACCCUCGGCCUCUCCAUCUCCCUCACCAUUGUCCUCCGCUUCCUUGAAACGCCCCUUUGGCGUAUCCCAUUCUUCCUCGCCUCCCUCUCCCUCUUCCACUUCCUCGAAUACUAUGUAACAGCCGCCUACAACACCCGCUACGCCAGCAUUUCCGCCUUCCUCCUCUCUUCCAAUGGCUGGGCAUACAAUGUCGCGCACAUAUCUGCCGCCCUGGAAUGUCUCCUAGCCCAUCGCUUCUGGCCGACCGCCGCCUACCUGAACUGGGGAAUUCUCGCACCAGGCCUAAAGAUUCAGGUUGUGCUAGGCCUCGUCUUCAUGAUUGUUGGCCAGGUCGUUCGCACGUUAGCGAUGGUGCAGGCGGGAAGUAACUUUAACCAUACGGUGCAGGUCGAGCGGAAGGAGGAUCAUAGUCUCGUUACGCAUGGUAUCUACGCCAUGCUGCGUCAUCCCAGCUACUUUGGGUUCUUUUGGUGGGGAUUAGGGACGCAAUUGGUGCUGGGGAAUGUGGUUUGUUUUAUUGGAUAUACCUUGGUGCUGUGGAGGUUCUUCUCUAGUCGGAUCUUUCGUAAGUUUUGUCCCCUACUCCCUUACUUCUUUGUUCGCAUGUGUGUUGCUUUGGUACUAAUAUGGAUUUGUGCUUAG